UUUCAGAAUGGCCGACAUUCCAAAACGAAUAUUUGAUAUUUGGCAGCAGCCGCUUAAAAUAGAAACGUGCGGGACUGUAAUGGAUAUGUACAAAUUGCAAUGUUCCAAAUGCGAUGAAAAGUUCAACACUGAAAAUUCCUUCGCUAUUCAUAUUGAUGUUUGUCUCAAAAAUGCAGAACGUGACGUACAUUACCAAGUACAUCAACACGCUAAUCGCCUACUUAUGUCUCAAAAUCAUCUGGCUAUGUUUUGUGGGGCUUCCAAUCAGGAAGAGGAUCUUAAAUGUGGACUUUGCAAGGAACAAUUUGAAAACGUACAAGCUUGUAGAAUGCACAUGAGAAGAUGCCGUCGGUUUAAUUAUCAAUUCUCUAAAUUUGCGAACCACACCGGCGCUCUUUUCAACAAUUUGAUGCAUUCAAAUGAGCAACUUGGCACUUUAUUCCAACAAUAUGUUUUGGAUGAGCAUAUCAUAAAAAUCAAAACUGGCAGAUUGUCAAAACCAGCUACAGAAGAGGUGCCAAACAUCGAAUCCGGGAGUGUAUGCUAUGACGAUUUGAAACAGCACUUUGACGAAAAAAAUCAACACUAUUUAGACGAAGUUCGUGAACUUAUCGAUGACAGUUUUAAUCGAUAUCUAAGAAAACGAGAGCUUGAUUCAACUACUGUCGAUGUUGGUUACUCUUUGCCAAACAAACGGAGAAGGGUCGAGGAGGAAGAUGAAGAUGAGGAAGCAGACGAUGAUAAUGGCGAAUCCACUGAUUUGGAAGGUUCUGAUGUGGAUGAAAACCGUGAAGAAAAGGAAUUGAUAGACGAAUCCAAUGAUUCAGAUGAUACCGAAUUUGAAGAGGAGGACGAAUAUGAAACGGAUUACGUAGAAGAUGAGCCGACUUUUGAUGAGGAAACAAUCCCAGAAAACUAUAGGGCUACUAAUUGUUCUAAUGCAUAAGAAGGAGAUUUUGAUAUUUUUUCUCUAUUGAUCUCAAAACAUUUUCACACUAUGUAGCACAUUUUCUACUACAUCUGUGUCAAUUUAUUAAAGUCAACCUUGUGCUACAGGUCUAGUCGUUAUUUUUCUUGGAAAAUUGAUUAUAUAUAUAUACGUAUAUUUCACUGUCGUUGAUCGAAAUUUUGGAAGUAGUCUAUGUGAUUUAAACCUUGAUAUUUUUGGUAUUUCAGUAUACUUCUUAUUUUGUGGGAUUUAUCGAUUUUCGGAAUUCUUUCAAUAAUAAAGUUUUAUGUUUGGUUUAUAAUA